AGCGGCCGCGACCACACAGCUGGGAGGGGAGGGGGGGGGUGUGGGGGAGCGAUCGGGUUAGAGCCGGCGGGUUCGCUCUCCAGCUCCCCCCCCUCACUCCCCCCUCCCCGAAGUGGGGGAGCCCCCGCGUGCGGAGGAGACCUGCAGCCCGAGGCGCGGAGCAUGAGCUUCCAGCUGAUGGUGCAGGAGCUGGAGGUCUGAUGGAAGUAGUGGCUGAAGGAUCCCACGCCUGCACCGAAACACUUAAAAAGGGAAAAAGGCUCGAAUCGAUGGUUCUGCGGGCCUUUCUCUGUUUCCUAUGGCCAAAGCGCUCAGCGCCGGGCUGGCAGCUGCGGACCCCCGGGUACUGGCCUUAGCUGCUCAGGUCACUGAGAGCAGGGAACAGGACAUCCCCCUGCUACUUCUGAAGUUAAAGGGAAUUUUACAUAGUGCUUCCUUGGGAUGUGAAGAAUCAAAAAAAAUUAAGCAAGAUAUAUAUGAUUAUGGUCUUACUCAGUACUGCAUGCUGAUCCUUAGACAAGACCACUCUCGACUGUGUGGAGGCUGGGCUACUGCUGCCCAGCUAGCAGAGAUACUAAGUCAUUGUUGUGUAGGACUAGAGGUGAAAGAAGAUCCUGAGGAAUUUUACAAGAAAUUUCUUCCUUCAGCUAUAGACAACCUGCUGGUUUUGGGAAGACGCUUGCAAGCACGGUUUAUCAGAGUAAUCAAGGAUGAAGAAAAACAAGAUUUUUUGCGCUGGUUCCAAACAGUAACUGAUGCCAUCUGCUGGCUGUUCGGUGGGCAUAUUCAACUAGCAGUGUGUGUACUGCAAAAUGAUCACUUCCUGCAGCUGUUAAUAACAGAUGAUGUUGAAACAGCAAUUAUAAUGAUGUCUGUUUUGCACAAUAUUUUGAGGGUCAAUAGUUCUGUCUUGCUUCAGGUUGAUGAAGAGACCCUUCACUCUGUUUUGGAUGAACUUGUUUAUAAGCUUUCAUCUACCACCAAUCCUGUCAUAGGAAAUGCUGCUACAAAACUGCUAUUGUUGGUGGCAAAAUUUUGCGAGCAGCUCGUGAAGUUACUCACAGCUCGCUACAAAGGAUUAAAGGGGCUUUUAAGUAAACAAUGGACUGGCAAAGGAUUUGACAGGGAUCUCAGUCAACUCUUGGACCUGCUGUACCUGGAACAAUCCAAUGGAAAAGGAGAAAUGCAGAGGCAGCAUCAAGCAGCUUGUAAAAUCCAGGCUAUGUGGAAGGGAUUUCAGACAAGGAAAAGGCUGAAAAAACUACCCCAAGCAGUGACCACUUUACAGAGAAGCUUCAGAGCGAAACGGGAACAGGAGCUGCAGCAUUUAAAAAAACAGAAGGAAGAUGAGGCUCUCAAACUGCAAAUGCAACUUCAGAGGCAGAGGGCCAUGAGAGUCUUCCAUGAACGACAGCUGGCCUCACUGGAAAUAAUCCAUGCCAGUCAGGUAAACAAGUACAUGGAGGAAAUGGAGGGGAAAUCAGCAUUAACUAUCCAGAGAUUCUGGCGAGGGUAUAGAGCAAGAAGAAAUUUUCAUCAACAAAGACAGUCUCUGAAGGAGUAUAAAGCAGCUGUCAUCAUUCAGAGAGCAGCUUGUAAAUUCUUGGAAAAACAAAGAAGGAGGAGACCUCUCUCUCCUUGGAAAGGUCCCAAGGGACUGACUGAUGAGCAGAGACUAGCUUUGCAGCAGAAGGUGGAUGAGUACAUCAAAUUGCAUCCGGCUUCCCAAAUGUCAGAAGAAAUGAGUAAAGACUUACAUAUGCAGGCCCAGGAAAAGCUGGCACAGUUCCUGUUGAGGAGCAGACUGGAUCAGAGAGCAGCACAGCGAAGAGAGACGUUACUGGCUCAGGUCAACACCGAUGUGGAGCUGCUAAUGAAUGCCCCAGGGUUGGCAGAGACCACAGAAAAAGAUCUGGAUAUGUUUAUGAGCCGAUCAAUCCCUGUAGCUGCCAAGGCAAGACAAUCCCACAACACUAUGCUGAAAUACACUCACUGGCCGUGGUGGAAGAAGCUUGGAGAUGAAUUUGUGGAGGAUGAUGUCAUUCCUGAUGAUGCCCUAAAUGCAGAAGCAGAACUGGAAACUCUAUUUAUUGGUGGAAGGAAAUCCCUUUAGGCAGAGCAAGCCAGAAAGGAGCCCCUGCGGCAUGCCGGGGUGGAGCUGGGAGGUGCUCUCCCAUGCCAGUCGCUGUGGCCAGCGUGGAGCCUGCACCCAGCAAAAGAGAUCACCCACUUUGCUCACUGGUGGGAUUUGCAUGGCUUGGCUCAUCCUCUUUUCAGGUCCUCCUGCACCACGUGUGAGAUGUGUUGCCAGCAAUUUAUUUCACUGCAGCUCCUUCUGGGAUAAUAUACUCCUGCCUGAGUAAUGGGAACAGAUGUAGACAGCUGAACAGAAGCCACCUCCAGCCUGCUGCCAGGUGAACAGUCCUGAGUUAUACAAUCACCCGAAAAAAAGACUGUAGGAGAGGCCAUGAGCCGAGAUGGGUCCAGUCCUGUUCCCACUUGUCUGCUUGCCACAUAUCACAGGCAUGCCCAGAAAGCUGGGAGCUGUUCCUCGGGCAUAAAUGUGCUGCACAGGUGGUCCAGCCAGGUAGGAAAAGGGGCAGAAUUGGGUCAUGCCCAGCAGGUCUGGGUUGUGCCACUCUGGAUACCAAGCAGGCCAGCCUGGCAGCAUGAAGACAGGCCCUGCUUGCAGCAGAGGAAGCACGGAGGUGUCCUUCCCCACCAGGGGAGUGACAAGCUGGGGGGCAUGCUGUGAUGUGAGGAGGGGUAGAGGGGAAGCCAGAGCUGCAAAGGCAGCAGCACUUGGGUCAUUAAAUAUUGACGCCAUCUAAGCUGGCCUGUGGGGGCGAUUUAGCUGAAUUGCAGGUUUCUGUUGCUGUGAUAAAUUGGACUGAUUUGUCAUGUGGUUUUGUUUCUUCCCUCCCUUAAGUAAAGCUAUACAGGAGCAUUAUUGUUACAGCUUGAGCAGCAGCAGCAGAAAAUUUGGAAAACAAAAUCCUCUGAUGGAUAUGGGUAAAAAAGAAGGGACAGCAACUGUUCUUCUACUGAAGGUGCCACCAGAGUCAUGGAGCAGGAAGAAGGCAGCAAAAGGAACAACAACAACAAAAAAAAUCACCCAGCCCUUUCAGAGCCAGAGACAAAGCAGUGUCCUCUGCUGGCUCCUGCAAUUGAGGAAAAUUCCUGUUUAUGCAGACAGAUACUUUUUUUUCUUUUCAGCUUUACCUCUAACUGGACUCUGCAAACAACAGGAUGCUCAUCUCCAGCAGAGACCCAGGCAUGCGCUUGAGACGCCCUGUCCAUGGGUGUCUCCUGGCCUUUCAGACUGGCUGCAACAGGAGCUCUGAACCUAGGACAGGAAAUAACCCUGAUGCUAUUUCACCUCUCGCCUCUGAGUCUUCUACUGCUGAUUUCAUGGGAGCAGAAUCUGGUACAAAGAUCUGUUCUCCACUGCAGAGUAUCACAUACAUCCAGUACAAGGAGAAAUGAAAGCCUUCUCCAAGUAGCGGAAUCGGGGCUAUUUAUAAAUUAGCAUGCAACAGAAAAGGAGGCAGCUCUUUGCAGGGGGAGCUGUAAAGAUCAUCGCAAUUGGUCUCCAAGUUCUUAUCAACUGUCUUUAUAGCACAGUAACACUGGGUCAUCUUCCAGGCAUCCUUUUGCAUACAGUGUAAACCUCUUUAUUACAGAGAUUGUUUACUAAACGAGCGAUAUAUGGGCCCAGAUUUACUAAGGGGAACUAAAGGAUGGGUGCCUCCUGUCCCCUCUCCCCUGCCCUUCCUGAAGGCAGGGCUGGGUUUGCCCUGGCUGCCACCUUAGGACAGAAGGGCAAAGUCUGGCAGGUGAGGACCAAGGUCAGGACACUGCGGCUCCGGUAAUUUUUCCCAGCUCUGCUGGAGAACUCCGCUGUGACCUUGAGCACAUUCUGCCUCCUCUCUCAGAUGAAGCUCACCAAGGAGGUUUCAUAUGUUGCAUUUGUGAUUUGUUAUAAGAGCCUUCAGUGAAGGAUGCUGUGUGAGCCCAGUGCCACUGAAAUCCCUUUCUACUAAGGUGAAAUGGGAGUUUGACAGGCCCCAGGAAGAAAAAUCAUUUGUAUAAUCAGAUGUUGAACACACAGAAAGAGCUCAGGGUUGCCCUGCUACUUCUUUCUCUCCAAAUUCAGCUUUUCUCUGCAGAAUUUAGUUCUUCUCUAUUUAAUUAUGUCCUCAAACAGAAACAAUAUCUUUACCUAUGCUUGGUCACUUAAUAAA